UAAAGCCACCCAACUUUCACCAUAACGUCAUAAACAAUAAUUUAAUGUCAUAUGAAGACAUUAUCCCCUAGACCCCUAUGCUCUCUACCAGGGUGUGAUUUGUGAAUGAAGCAGAGGACGUGAUUCAAAAAACGAAAGUUGAGACGUGGGCCUCGUUGAGGGUGCGAGAAGAGUGAUCGAGUGGACUACUAACACAAAUUGAUUAGUGAAUUGGGUCCACGACCUCGUACGAUAAACCGCAAUUUGAACCAGACCAAGAGAACAAAACAUCUCAUAAUUCACAUAUUACCCGAAUGAGAGUUUCGAUCAUCAUCAGCUGGCUGUCACCUACAAGCACUUCCUUAGUUUGCAACUAUGAUUUUGAUUGAUACCCACAGCCACAACUCAUUACAAUCCAUACCCAAAAACACUAACCAUCUCUCACAAACGGAAUAAAAGAAAAGAAGACAAUCUAAGAUAGAACACUGGAAAAAACAAGAAAUUGACGAGCGCAACACAAUUUUGAAGUUACCCGUCCGUCAACCUCACUAAAAAAAUCCACUCUUGUACUCAACCUCUCCCCAUUGGCUCCGCCGGUUCUUUUCUAAACAAACCCCAUACUUCAAUUCCUUCGCCCUUCCUCGUCUCCUCUCUCUGUCUUUCUUCCCCUUCUUUAUCUAAACCCCUCAACCUCAAUCCUUUCUUCCCCACAUUCCCAUAAUCCCAUUCUUACUUACCUCUAUUCUCAGUUACUCUGUUUUUAAACAAACAAUAUGGGUUGCUGUGCCAGCAAGAGCUCCGACGAAUCCAACGCCACCAGCUUCCCGGCCUCCUCCUCCAGCCACCACCCCAAGGCCCGCCGCCGCUACCACAACAAGCGCUACCCGGCGGCCCAUCCCUCCAGCCCAAAACCACCCAACAACAAGGCCCACCACGCCGCAGUAAGCCCACUCACUUCCUUCGACGACGUCGACCGGGUCAAGGUCAAGGAGGUCCUCACCGAACGCCCGCCCUCCGCCUCCCGGCCCAGGCCCACCUCCGCCCCGCGGGCCAGGAACAACAGCGCCAACAACAGCAUCGACGGCCCCGCCGCCAAGAAGAAGAGUGGGCCGGCGGCCUCCAGCUUCAGCUUCGAUAAGAAGGACAGCCCCGCCGCCGGGGACAGGAAUCAGACCAUCCCUCUGGCCUCCGAUAUCUGGAGCAUCACGGGUGCGGCGCCCAUGGCGGCGCCUCCGAAGCGGGGUAAUCACGGCGCGGCGGCUGCGAUCCAGCUCUCUUCCGAGAUCUGGAGCAUUGCCAACGGUCCUCCGCGUAUGGCUCCGCCUCCGAUGAUGAUGAUGAGUUCCGCGGCUGCGGCUGCGGCGGCGAGGAGGCCUGGUCCGGUCCCGUUCGCUGCUCCGCGGAAGUAUUCUUCCCCCGGAAAACGGGAAUCGGCGGUGGAAUUGAACAGGUACUCGGCGGAGAGGGAAAGGGGGUCGACGAUGUCGCCGGUUAAGAGGGAAGCGUGGAAGAAGAAUUCGUACGGAUCUCCAGGGAGUAGGCGUGGGGAGAGGCAGGGUCCGUAUCUUGCCGGGAGAGAGAGGCCGUCGCCGCUGUCGAGAGAGUCGGAGAGAGAGCGGCGGCCGGUGGCGAUUUCUCCUCAGAAGCGAGAGAAGGAGAGGAAUUCGUCGGGUAGCCUCCGGAACGGUGGAGGUUCGAGCGAAAUGAGAAGGUGGGCGGACAUGGAAGAAGAAGGGUAUGGACGACGGUCGGCGGGGUCGCCGGCGGUGAGGGAGGGGAAGAAGAACGGUCGCGGCAGCUGGGGAGUUUCGGCGAGCCCCGAUAAGGAAAACGCGAGAAAGACAAACAAGGGCCGAAACGCUACCGUUUCACCGAGUGGGCGAGGGAAUGAGUCUUCUGACAGUUCUCUUUCGAUUGAGGGGUUCGUCUUUUUGUGAAUGAUUAAAGUUAAACGGAUUUUUACUUUGGGGAUGGGAAGUAUUUUUGUCCUCUUUUCACUAAUCAAGAAAAGGAGUUUAGGGAAAUAAAUAUAGUGCCCUUCUUAAAGGGAUGGUCAUCGUAACUACCAAGGGUAAAAUAUGAGUUUUGGGUGGGUUUGUACUUUGUUGUAUGCACUAAGAUUUUUUGUUGUUGGUAAUAGCACUAAGAUUUUAUUAAUGACGUUUUAGCUCCGUCCACAUUUCGUCGGCGCUGAGAAGGGAAGAAGAUGGGCUUGCUUAUAAUGGAGUAGACUUUUCCAACAGAUGAUGACAUUUGUGAUUUGUGCUCUAGCCUCAAAGAACCAGAAAAGUUCUUCAAUAUAGCUUUGUUCACCGUUCGACGGCGUCGGGAAGGGAAGAAUAUAGACCUGUUCACAAUUGAGAUACAUUCAACAGAGAAUGAAAAUGGUGCACUGGU